ACAAGAAAAUGUUGCCAUGCACUUAGCGCACAGCGUUACGAAUGGAGUAAAGUUUGGUGUGUGAUGUUUAGAUUAUAAUGUAUUUGGUAUGAGAAAGAGUAUGAUGAAUGAGAAAUUAGCUUGACCACAUAUUUACUGCAACAAUGUUGCCCUCAACAGGAUAUUUUAAAACAAUAAAUUGUCCAUUCUAUGAUAGUGGGUUGUGCGAGAGACCUUAUUGCCAUUUCAGACAUGUGAAGAAAGAAUUGACUGAUACACCAUCUUCAAGUAUGUGUCAGGCAAAUGCCAACAACCCUGCUCAGGAGUGCAGCACUGCCAACACUGGUGAUGUAGCUGGCACUGACAUUUUGCAAAGAUUAGUUUCUGAGGCCGUAAAGAAAGUGUUACAGCAUCCAGAAAUGUUAGCAGGUUCAGUGUCCUCUGCGUCAGAAAAUUCAAUUCCCCAAGCUCUUGUUAGUCAGGUAGUGCAGGAACUAAAACCAUCAGCAUUGCAGAUUGGUGGUGGUGACCCAGUAUCUGAGGCUCCAGCACCCCGGUCGCACAGGGCGUAUUUACCCCCAGCUGGAGUUCCAUCUUACAAACCGACGCCUAUAUCAGAAUUAAAGAAGCGCCAUAUUCCGGUGCCUUAUACACCUUCUCCAGCACCAAGAGGCAGUUCCAAGGUUCAAGUGAAGCGAUCAGGACCUUCAGAUGAUAAUUCUACACAGAAAAAGGUAAAAUGUGAUGCAAAGGACAUUCGGAAAGUGGAAGAAGAAUACAAUCCUGAGUCUGAUGUAUCUGUGAAAGAUGUUGCAUACAAUCCAUCAUCUCUGAAGUAUUCACCUCCACAUAAUGGUUGGAGUGGUUCCACCAAAUUACCAUCAUACAUACCAAGUUCAAUUGAUAUGCUUCCAAAGUGUAAUGAUGACUAUGUUCCUUCACCUGUCAGUUCAUCGGUCCCUUUGCAACAGUAUUGCCCAACAGAAAAAUCUUGCUCCAGGUCUGAACCUAAUUAUGUCCCUGAAGGUUCAACAAAUAAUAUAUCUGAGAUCCUGUAUACUCCAACCAUAAAAUCCGAGCUGCGGGAUGAUAUUGUGGAUAUAGAUUUCUCUCCUGAAUUUGAUCUGUUGGAUGAAAUUCUAAAUGAAAACUCAAAUGAAUCACAGAAAGGAAAUAGUAUGAAGACUGAAGAUGGUCCUAUGUUGCAGAGUGUUGUAAACAGUGAUGAACCUAAGUUAAAUGUUGAAAAUGAGAAACCAAAAAUUGAUACUAAUGAAAAAGUAGAUCCUGGGGAGGUGAGUAGUAGGAGUAGACACAAGGGAAAACUGGGAGCGCAUGUGCACGUAAAUUCACACUCGGAGCCUGAGAUGUGUUCAUCAGUGAGCAAGAAAGAAGAACUGAAAAGAAUGAGCAGAUCAAAAAAUAAGAGACAUUCAAGUGAGAAAACAAAAGAACAGGAUUGUAAGAGACAUGAUCGUGUUAAACAUUCAAAUUCGAAUAGAUCUGAACAUAGGAAGUCAGUUGAUAAGUGUAGUAAAAGAGAGAGAGGAGAAAGGACUGAAAAGAAAGACACUGGUGGUGAUAGUAAAAGUCAGAAGCACCAUAAAGUGAAGGAAGAAUCAAGAACAAAAGACAGACACACACAUCAUUCUGUGAAUCAGCAUGAGAAACGUUCGAGUUCCAAAACACUGGUUAAAGGAAAGAGUCAUUCAGGUAACAGUGGAUCAAAACAUGAAAGUCAAGGUCAUCACCAUCACCGUCAUUACAGGCACAAACACACAUUAGAAAAGCAUCAUCAGGACAGUAAAUCUCGCCGUAGAGAACAUAAGACAGCCGCGGUAACAGCCACCAGAAAGGUGACAAAGAAGCAUCCAGGUGAAGAUUGUGGAAUGAAUGAAGGCAAUUCUUCCCCUGGUGCAGGAUCAGAAGAGAAUUACAAUAGCAGCAGUGAUACUGACACUAAAGAUACUGAAGUAGUCAAUUCAGUUGCCUUGCCAGAUUAUCCUGCAGCUGGUUUAGUAUCUGGUUCAGAGUCAGAUGAAGAUGCCAUUACUCGGGAAUGUUACCGCAUUUUCCAAGAGUAUGAGCCACAGCAAAGUCAUCAUACAGUAAGCAAGAAAGCCAUUAAAAUUGAAGAGCCUGUGAAGGAAGAAGAUAUACCUGUAAAGAAGCGUAUUGCACAUGAGGCAGCACAGAAGUAUCCACCACUAGUAGCAUCUUCACCUAAAAAACAAAUAAACCCUAUGCAUGUUAUGAGCAUGAGAAUCUCAAAGAUGCAGGAACUUCAGGAGAGAAGAGCCACAGAAAAUGCAGGAAUAAGUGUAUCAACUGUCAAUUCUGGAAGUACCACAUCUACUAGUAUGAGUUCUAGCAGCAGUGUGGGUUCUGGACACUCAAGCGGGCCAUUACGCCGUGUUCGUAUUGCACAUGUACCAAAUGUAUUACACUUACUUAAUGCCAAGGUCAGAAUGCAAGCUGCAUUUGAAAAGAGGAAGCAGAGCGAUGCUGCAUCUGUGCCUACCUCAAAGAGUGCCUUUCUUCCAAAUGAGAGUACGGAAUCUCACACAGUUGUCCAGACUGUACCAAAAGGUGGCCAUCGUGUUGCUCACAGACCUUCCAUGGCAGCUCUUACACAACCUAAAAUUAUUGGUGAACUGGGAGGAAAAAUUCCAGCUAAUGUACGGCAAAGUUACCUGAACCAUUUAGUGGCUGAAUACUUGAAACUGUGCCCAAAUCCUUCAGAUGCUUAUUCUAAGGCCACAGAAGAGGAAGCUGUGAUUUACAGUCGUAGUACCACCAGAUCUGUGUAUGCAAGUCACAUGUCAAACAAAAUUAACCGACUUCGGAAAGAAGCAACAACUGAAGCGAACACUAACCAGCCAAGCACAUCUGCCUUGCAUCAACCUCGUGUCUUGUCACAUUCAGCUAUUCUGGCAGGUCAUAGUGCCACGAAAGGAUCUUGGAGUAUUAAGAGGCAUACCAAGACACAAGGAUCAAAGUUAUCUACAGAACCCUUGUAUGUUUUGUUGACACCACACAUACUCACAGAGGAAUUGUUAUGCUCAAAUGGAUUUCCUCGGCCACAUCCAGAAGAGAAAGGUGUUGCAAUUGUGCAUUUGCCUCCUGGAACAGUAAAAAAGACACCACUUUCACCAGAUCGGAAACGUGUACUCCGUGUGUGCUGUCGCUGCAAUCAGGCAUAUUCUGUGAACAGGGACGGCUUUCAAGUUAAAGAAGAGCAGUGUAUUUACCACUGGGGAAGGUUAUUUCAGACAAGAGUUUUGGGUGGCUGGGAACGACGUUAUACGUGCUGCAGUAGUGAUGGUGAAAGUGGUGGUUGUACGGUGGCUUCAUGUCAUGUGUGUGAUGGAUUUGAUCCUGAUGAGUUGCGAGGUUUUGUGAAAACUCUUCCACAUAAUCUGGAGCCAGCGGAUGGUGAUUAUGGUGUUUAUGCAUUGGACUGUGAGAUGUGCUACACCACUGUAGGACUAGAACUGACAAGAGUCACAGUUAUUGACCGAGACCUGAAUACAGCAUACGAGAGUUUGGUUAAACCAGAAAACCCAAUUAUUGAUUAUAACACAAGAUUUAGUGGGAUCACUGAAGAUGACAUGAUUGGAGUUCAGACCAGUAUAUAUGAUGUUCAGGCUACAUUACUGUCAUUUAUCCAUGAAAGAACAAUCCUUAUAGGUCACAGUUUAGAUAGUGACUUCAAAGCAUUAAAGAUCAUACAUAGCACUGUGAUAGACACAAGUGUUGUGUUUCCACACAAAAUGGGGCCGCCAAAGAAGAGGGCAUUGAAAACUCUAUGCCGUGAACACCUUAAUAAGAUCAUCCAAGAGAGUGUGGAUGGUCAUGAUAGUGCCGAGGAUGCCAAAGCAUGCAUGGAACUGAUGCGCUGGAAAGUGAGAGAAGCGUGAAUUUAGUUCCAACAUUCCAUUUAUUGUUUUCACUGUUUAUAUGUUAAUUUUUGGAUAAAUAAGUUAUUUAUUUUAAAUAAAUAGCUCAGUAUUUAUGUUGUAACUUGAAAUGCGUGUUAAUUUUAUUGUAGGUAUUGUUGCUUGUUUUAGGAAGGUUACUCACAAUGAAGCAAAUUUGUUGAAAUCCAGGUAGGAGUUCCGGUUUAAGUUAUCCCUGUGGUAGGUUUUAUUUUUGAAGUUCCAUUAAAUUGCCAUUUCUUAGGUACCUAAAGUUUUUACCCACAUUUUCAAAAUAUACCUUGUGUUAGGUUUACUAACCCAGUUGAGAAUCCCGUCUCUAGACCUUGUUAUGAAUGACAUAGUGUAUCGUACUUACGACCUAAAUGGAAUAUAAGUGUUUCAUCACCUUUUGUUUGACCAAGAUCAGUUCUAUAUGCCAUAAUUGCCAAGUUACAAAGAUGUUGGUGUGUCAUAGAAUAUGAUUUUUUCAGUAGGAUUCUCAGUGUCUGGCAAGGUAGGCACUAGAGUGUUAUAUACGAAGGUCAUACUGAAAGGCAUGAGCAACAGUUUUUUGUAAAGUAACAUGCUUUAUUAUUGACAAACCAAAUACACCACCCCAAUCUGCAGACCUUUCUUUAUUU